AUGUCGAAGGACCUGUCAGUGACCCAGUCGGCUCAGUACGUUGGGCCAUACCGGUUGGAAAAGACGCUUGGGAAGGGUCAGACAGGUUUGGUGAAGCUUGGGGUACACUGUGUCACUGGACAGAAGGUGGCCAUCAAAAUAGUCAACAGAGAGAAACUUUCAGAGUCAGUCUUGAUGAAAGUGGAGAGAGAGAUUGCAAUUCUGAAGUUGAUUGAGCAUCCACAUGUGUUGAAACUGCAUGAUGUUUAUGAAAAUAACAAACACUUGUAUCUGGUGUUAGAACAUGUUUCUGGUGGGGAGCUUUUUGACUACUUGGUGAAGAAAGGGAGGUUGACACCCAAAGAGGCUAGAAAAUUCUUCAGACAAAUCAUAUCAGCCCUUGAUUUCUGUCACAGUCAUUCAAUAUGUCACAGAGACCUGAAGCCAGAAAACCUCCUACUGGAUGAGAAGAAUAAUAUCAGGAUUGCUGACUUUGGCAUGGCCUCCCUGCAGGUGGGGGACAGCCUGCUAGAGACAAGCUGUGGAUCUCCGCACUAUGCUUGUCCGGAGGUCAUCAGGGGGGAGAAAUAUGACGGGCGUCGAGCGGACGUCUGGAGCUGUGGGGUCAUCCUCUUUGCCCUGCUAGUGGGUGCGCUCCCGUUUGACCAUGAUAACCUGAGGCAGUUACUGGAGAAGGUGAAGAGUGGAGUGUUCCACAUGCCUCAUUUCAUUCCCCCAGACUGUCAGUCUCUCCUCAGGGGCAUGAUUGAGGUUGACCCUGAAAAACGCCUCUCGCUUGAGGCCAUUCAGAAGCAUGCCUGGUAUCAGGCGGGACGUAAUGAGCCAUGUCCAGAGCAGCCUCCUCCAAGGCGUGUAUGUGUGAAACGGAUCCUGUCAUUGACAGAUCUAGACCCAGAUGUGCUGGACAGCAUGCACUCCUUGGGCUGCUUCAGAGACCGUGUCAAACUCACCAGAGACCUGCAAUGUGAAGAAGAAAACCAAGAAAAAAUGAUCUAUUACCUGCUCCUGGAUCGAAAAGAACGAUAUCCCAGCUAUGAGGAUGAAGAUCUGCCACCCAGAAAUGAUAUAGACCCUCCGCGAAAGCGUGUGGAUUCACCCAUGCUGACCCGGCACGGGCGCUGUCGGCCAGAGAGGAAGAGCCUGGAAGUGCUGAGCGUGACAGAACAAGGCUCCCCUACACCGCCACGCAGGGCACUGGAUACGUCCGUGCACAGCCAGAGAUCGAGAUCAGUUAGUGGAGCAUCAACUGGUCUGUCCUCCAGUCCACUAAGCAGUCCCAGGGUCACCCCUCAGGGCUCCCCCUUGCCCACCCCUCUGGGGACACCUGUUCAUCACCCCCACCACCCACCUGCUACCCCUCCCUCUUCCUCUUCCUCUUCUUCUUCUUCCCGCGCUGAGGGUGGUGGCGUCGGUGUCGGUUCACUCUCAUUGACCCCACCCUCCAGUCCUGGAGGGGGUGGUGGUAUGGCAGCCAGUAGCUCGGCACAUUGGAGAACACGCCUUAACUCCUUCAAGAACAACUUGCUGGGGUCACCUAGGUUCCACCGCCGCAAACUGCAAGUUCCCACUUCGGAGGAUAUGUCUAGCCUAACACCAGAGUCUAGCCCAGAGUUGGCUAAGAGGUCCUGGUUUGGAAACUUUAUCACCCUAGAGAAGGAGGAGCAGAUUUUUGUGGUGAUCAGAGACAAACCACUCAGCUCUAUCAAGGCUGACAUCGUCCAUGCCUUCCUCUCAAUUCCAUCUCUCAGCCACAGUGUCAUCUCUCAAACAAGUUUCCGGGCAGAGUACAAGUCCUCUGGAGGUCCGUCCGUCUUCCAGAAGCCUGUGAAAUUCCAAGUGGACAUCUCCUUCUCUGAGGGAGAGAGGGCAAGAGAGAGGGAAAGAGAGAGGGAUGGUAAGAGGGAUUUUGGAAUCUACAGUGUCACCUUCACUCUCAUAUCAGGACCCAGCCGCCGAUUUAAGAGGGUGGUUGAGACGAUUCAAGCCCAGUUGCUCAGCACUCAUGACCAGCCUUCUGUACAGGCUCUUGCUGAUGAGAAAAAUGGACGCCCUCCUGGAACUCCAACCAGACAGAACUCUCGUCGAUCAGAGGGCGGGGCAGAUCGCUGUGAGUGGGUAGAUCGAGGAGACAGUGGGGUCUUGCUCCAACGCAGGGGCUCAGGCAAAGAGCGGACCCGUCUGCUGUCCUCCAAUGGGACCCAGUCAUAA